GGGCUCGGCGCCCUCGUCCCCGAGCACGGCCUCGCCGCCCCGCCCGGCGUGCAGACGGCUCGCGUCCCUCGCGGUGCCCCGGACCGGGGGCGGCCCGCCGGGCGCGGCCGACGACGCCCAGGGCGAGGAGGGCCCGCACCUCGAGGAGGCGGACGGCGCGGAGGACCGGCGCCAGCGCGCGGUGGAGUCGGCCCUGGCCUGGGCGGCCCCCGCCCACCACGGCUACGCGCGGGGGGGGGACUACGACGACCCGCCGCCCCUCGAGGCGUGGGGCGACGAGAGCUCGGAGCUGCUGGCCCCCUCGCGGAGCGAGAACCGGGAGCUGGAGGAGCCCCUGUCCGCCCGCCGGCGCUUCCAGUUCGGGGUGCUGCAGCGGCUGGCCGCGCUGGAGCGCGGGGAGCAGGCGGAGCGCCCGCGCGGCCGCGCGAGGCGCAGGAAGGGCUUCAGGUUCCCGGAGGACCAGCCCAUCCGCGUCCGGGUGCUGGACGUGGACGCGCUUCCCCUCCAGGACCUGCACCAUGCCUUCAUGCACACCUUGGUGAGGCGCCGUCCCGCCGAGAUCUGCAUCCGCGUCGCGUCGCGUGUGGGCGAGUUCCGUGACAGCUACGGCCAGACCGCCUACGAGAACAUGCUGCGCGACUGCGGCCUCCUCUUCGGCUCGCGGCACGGCCCCGAGCUCCUGGCCCUCUUCGCGCGCUGCCACUCCACCAUCUCGGUGCCGUUCAUGCUGGACUACACCCGCCGCUUCGGGACCUUCUCUCGCGCGUUUCUGGCCGGCAAGGUGGACCAGAGCCUCCGGCCGGGCUUCUUCGACUUCAUGAGGUACCAGGCCAACGGCGGUGUGCGAGCGCUUCCCUCGGUCGUGUCCAAGCCCUGGGCCCUCAGCAGCUACUCGCGGCUGAUGGUGAAGAGCGCCAUCCGGAGCUACAUCUUCGAGCAGCUCGCCAAGCACGGGCACAUACCGCCCGAGGACCGCCCGACGGUCGCCGACGACCUGCCCGCGGAGGCGCGCGCGGCGGAGAGCCUCAGCGCGGCCGGGGCGCUGCGGGUCGAGGCGCCCCGCGACCUGGCGGCCGAGGCCGGCGCGGGCCGCCCGGCGGCGCCGGGCGGCGGCGCGGCGGCGGCGCGGCGGCGGGGCCACGGGGGCCGGCGCCCGGCGCCGGACGCGGUGGUCGAGAGGCCCGCGCUGCUGGAUGCCAUCAUGGCCGCCGAGCACUCCGGCAUCGGCUGGGACCAGGCCGCCCAGGAGGGCCGCCUGCGCAGCGGCGGCGCCGCCGCGCCGGCCUCCGGCCAGGGCGGGGCGGCGGAGGAGGACUCGGACGAGGGCGCGUGGACGAGCGACGGCGAGGAGGAGCUCGAGGAGCAGGAGGGUGCGCAGGAACUGGAUGACCUGCCAGGCCUCGACGCGAUGUCGGCGGGCAAGGGCGACAGCCGCUUCGCCCUCCAGUUCGAGCACGUGGUGCCCGACGCCGCCCUCGGGGCGGGCGACGCGCUGGUGGAUCCCAGGGCGGCAGCCGGCGCCCGCGGGGCCGGCGGUGGCGGCUUCCCGGACGAGCUGGUGCUCCCCCACAGGUGCUGGAGCCGCAUCCGGCGCACCUUCUUCCGCCACGAGCACCGCGCCUACCGCCUCGUCGAGGGGCAGUGGACGCAGGUGCCGGACCCGCGCGGCCCGCGGUUCGCCCCGCGGCGACGGCCGCGCCCGCGCGGCGAGCGCAGGGAGGAGAGCCUGCGGCGUCAAAUGGCCGCGCCGGUGCGCCCGGCCUGA